UCCAACGCAUGUGAUUCAGUGGAAUCCAACAGUCGUCCCUGUUCGCCCACUUGGCUUAGUGGCUUCUUCUUUCCCCUUCUGAGAGUUGUCUUUUCCUCUCAGUAGGCCCGAGCUGCCCGCCUUGAUCUCUUCCACCUUGAUCGCUUCUUGAUUUCUGUUGGUUCUCUGUUCCCACACUUUCCUGGCUUCCUUGGGAGUAGGCUUCUUCUUUUCUUCGUCUCUAGAUCUCUUCUGAUGAUCUCUCUCCAAGCACGCGAACAGCUCUUGUCCUAAAAGGCUCAUCUUUCUUUCUAUCCCUCAUCUCCAAUGGAUGCGUCUCAUGUUGAACCACCGCCACCUCCACACUCCUCCGCUUCCGUCACCAGCUUUCCGGUCCUGGCCAUCACCAUCUUGGGCAUUCUGACCACCGCCAUGCUCCUCAUCAGCUACUACGUCUUCGUCAUCAAGUGCCGCCUCGGCUGGCCGCGCUCUGACCUCCUCCGCUGCCUCUUCUCCUCUGCCGAGUCCCGCCGCCAUCGCCACCUCUAUAUACCUCCCGUCAUCCACGCCAUCGCCACCGAGUUCCACGGUCUUGAUCCGUCGGUAAUCCGUUCCAUUCCCGUCAUCAAAUUCACGAGAGCGGGCGACGGCGACGCCCGACGGAAGACGUCCUUCCACGACUGUGCAAUCUGCUUGAAUGAGUUCCGGGAGGAGGAAAGGCUCAAGCUGCUUCCUGACUGCUCUCAUGCCUUCCAUAUCGACUGCAUCGAUACCUGGCUCCAGUUCAACGCCAACUGCCCGCUGUGUCGGACGGGUAUCACGAGUUCUUCUGUCGGCUUGGCGACUGAUCACGUCGUAGUGCUCGCUCCUCGACGUGAGCAGAGUGGAAGCUUCGCGGUGGAUGUGAGGGAUGAAGUUAGUGACCAAACCUCAAGAGGGGAGGCAAGCAAUCCUUCGCUGUGGAAGAAGAGGAGGAAGCACAACAAAGUGGGGAGCAUGGGGGACGAAUGCAUUGAUGUCAGGGGAAAGGAUGAGCAGUUCCGUGUUCAGCCCAUAAGGAGGUCAUUCUCCAUGGACUCAUCCGCCGAAAGGCAGCUCUACCUGUCAGUCCAGGAGGAGAUCUUGAGACAGAAGCAGAACUGUUAUGAAGCAGGCAGUGGUGAAGGAAGCAGCAGCAACGUUCGUGGCGGAGACGGUGGCGGGAGCGGCAGAGUUCGGCGGUCAUUGUUCUCGUUCGGCCGGAGCUCCAGGAUUCCGGUCCUUCCAAGGCUGCUUGAUGUGUGAGAUAUGAGACGUUAGCUGCUGCUAAUGUCAUCUCUGUUUCGUUCUUCGGUGGUCUUCGAAACUGGAAGGAGUGUUUGUAAUAGAUUCCGAUACAAAACCUUUGUGUCAAUGACUGUAUACUGAUUUCAACUCACGAGAAGCUCAAGCGAUGUGUCGUUUCGCUUUCGGUGGGCAUAAUUAGAGGCAUCAUUACUGGAACUGAUGGUCUUCG